AGCUCUUAAUACAACGAUAAAUCGAAAGAAUAUGAAAAAUCAUCUCCAACGGAUUUCUGGCUCAAUUAUUGAAGGUAUCAAGCAAGAAAUAUCCGAAAGACUGAUAUCGAUCAAGAUCGACUCGGCUUCAAGAUUUGGAAGACAUAUCCUGUGCAUCAAUGCCCAAUAUGAACUCAAUCACGAAGUGAUGACGCGCACACUAUGUAUGAUUGAAGUAAAAGAAAGUCAGACAGCUAAGUUCUUGAAAAUCCAAAUUCUGGAAGUUCUGAAGCGAUUCAACAUAUCGCUUGAUCAGAUAUUCUCGAUCACUUCGGAUAACGGUGCCAAUAUGAUAGCAGCAGCAAAGAAGUUGCAGGAACAAUUUUCAACCGCAGUUGCUUCGGACGACUGGGCAAAUGAAGAAGACGUGAUUGAUAACACGGAAGAAAUAAUGGACGCUUUGAGUGUGGAGUUAAGUGAUCAUUUCAACAUUGUUCGUUGUGCAUCUCACACUCUUCAGCUGCACUGUGUCAAAUUCAGAUGCAAAUAUCAAAAUUGUGACGGAGUUCUCAAAAAGCAACUCGAUGAAGAAACUUGGCAGUUUAUGAAAGAAUAUGAAGAAGCGUUCCGUCCAAUGUAUAUCACGACGAAACUACUACAAGCUGAACAUCAAGCUUUUUCGGAUUUCUAUAUGAAUUGGAUUUUGGCGAUUAGAAAUCUGCAAAGUUUGAAAAACAACCGAUUUGCUGCCCCGCUAAUUCAAUCCCUCAGAAAUCGUUUGAAAAUGCUCACGCAGAACAUGGCUUUCAAAGCAGCUCUGUUUUUAGAUCUCCGCUUCAAUUAUUUGAACUCUACGGUGUUAUCCCCAGCAGAAAAGGAAGAAGUUCAGAAAUAUCUCAUCAAAACCUGGAGAAGGAUUCAACAGACAAAACGUGUAAAUCCUAUGCCUAACGGUGCUGGUGAAUCAAUUUCAACCAACAAUGAGGAGAGCUUGGGAGAUGAAAUUGCAGACUUCCUUACUGAAAUGUUCGGUGGCACCUUACAAACGCAAGGCGCAACGGCUGAUCCUGAAGCGCAAUUGACCGAACAACUCAAACUACUUGAAAUUGGAGAACGGAUGCCACAUGACCAUAAUGUUUGGGAUCACUGGAUUGCGCGCAAAGCAACACAUCCACAAUUAUCUGCGGUUGCAUUGGUUGUUUUGGCUACUGCAUCAUCUCAAGUGUCCGUCGAAAGAGCGUUCAGUGGAUUGGCUUUAAUUUUGUCAGACCUGAGGACUGGUUUGUCGGAGGAUACGCUGGAACACAUUUUGCUGAUUAAAUUGAACGAAAGCUUGCUCGACAGGAUCCUUCCGUCACUUACGCAGCAUGCACUACAGCCAAACACCUGAAGAUCGCCAUCUGGUGUAAUUUAAUGAUUUUAUUACUUUUAUUCGUUUGUCAUUUGUUAAUGUUUUUCUUUACUUAUAUAAAUAUAAAAAUGUAUGGAUAUACCUAAAACAAAACAUUUUUUCUAAUAACGAAAAUUACCCAAAAAGAAAUAGAAAUUGAAAGAAAACAGAAUUGAAGUUCUAAUGCUAAUGAAGUACGCUAGUAUGACAAACGAAUUUCAAUGAAAUUCAUUUGGGACU